AAAAAACAAUACGCUGAAAUAAUUGCAUUAAAUCUUUAUCGAAAAAACAAGCCACAAAGAAAACAGCCUUACGAAGAAUGAAAACGUGAAGAAGAAGAAGAGCAAUAUAUAUAUAAUCACACAGAUUUUUUGGGAACUAGAGCAGAAGGCUAUGAAAUAAAGUUGGGGAAUGAUGGUUUAAUGGCUGCCCUGAAAGCAAUGCAGCUCAUUUCUCCAGGUUAACAAAACCCCUACUUUUCUUUCAAUUUCAACCCACUCACCAGAAUCACUGCGUCUAAAAGCUUCUUGUAAUUCGUGCCCUUCCUCUUUUUUUAAAGCUAAAAUUUGAACUAAAAUACUGUUUUCCUUUUCCACCUUCCCCCCACCUCUCCUGCUUGUGAAUAAAAAAUUUCAAAGGAAACGCCAACCAAAAAUGCCAUCUCCCCCUGCAAUGGACCAUCAUGGCCUAGCUGUUCUUCUUGGAUCCCAGAAUUUCCGGCCAUUUUUUCUUUUCUUUAUUAUAGACUCCUAAUUUAAACACGUCCUAGACCGCAAGACAUGAUUUGGCUUCUCUUGUUUUUGGCACUCCCUAGGCUCAAACCCUCUUUUUUUCUCUCUCCCUCCUUGGAGUUUGUAGUUUAGUUGUAAUGCCUGUAAAUUCAUGGACCAUCUCUUCAUUUAUCCUAAUCCUAUGCCUUUGUACUGUUUCCGCCAUUAAUGAACAGGGCCAAGCUCUGCUCUCUUGGAAGCUAAGUUUCAAGGGAUCCAACAGGGUGCUAAGUAAUUGGGACCCCAACAAUGAAACUCCAUGUGGGUGGUUUGGAAUCACUUGCAAUAAGAACAGACAAGUAGUGGAAGUAGUUUUGAGGAAUGUGAACUUACCCGGUGAGCUUCCAUGGAAUUUAUCUUCGUUCUUGUCGUUGAACAAGCUCGUCUUGUCGGGAGCCAAUCUCACCGGCUCUAUUCCUAAACAGAUCGGUGCUCUCAGCCAGUUGGGGACCUUGGAACUCAGUGACAAUGGAUUGACUGGAGAAAUUCCUAGUGAAAUAUGCGCUUUGAUGAAUCUUGAACAGCUUUACCUGAAUUCGAAUGGUCUUGAAGGCUCAAUCCCUGCAGGGAUCGGGAAUCUCACGAACUUGAAGGAGCUGAUUCUCUAUGAUAAUCAGUUGAGCGGUGAAAUUCCGGUUAGUAUAGGGAAUUUGAGGCGGAUUGAAGUGAUUAGAGCUGGGGGGAACAAGAACUUACAUGGCUCUGUGCCGGAAGAAAUUGGUAACUGCAGCAAUUUGGUGAUUCUUGGGCUAGCUGAAACCAGCAUCUCCGGCUUUCUUCCGGCCAGUCUUGGCUUUCUCAAGAAGCUUCAGACGUUGGCAAUCUAUACUACUCUUCUCUCCGGUCAGAUUCCUGAUGAACUUGGUGACUGCUCUGAGCUUCAAAAUCUCUAUCUCUACCAGAACUCGCUCUCUGGUUCGAUUCCGAUCUCAUUGGGAAGGUUACGGAAUCUUCAAAGUCUGCUUCUAUGGCAGAACAAUUUGGUCGGCGUUAUACCGCCGGAGUUAGGUAGAUGUGAUCAGUUAACAGUCAUCGACGUUUCGAUUAAUUCUCUGACGGGAAGAAUUCCUUCAACAUUUGAGAAUUUAACAAUGCUUGAAGAAUUGCUGCUGAGUUCAAAUCAAUUAACAGGUGAGAUUCCGAAGGAAAUCGCGAAUUGUUCGAGAAUCACUCACAUUGAGCUUGAUUAUAAUCAGCUCACUGGUACGAUUCCCUCUGAAUUGGGGAAUCUCGCCAAUUUGACAUUGCUGUUCUUGUGGCAAAACAAGCUCGAGGGAAGUAUUCCAUCCACCAUUUCCAAUUGUCGCAAUCUCGAGGCCUUGGAUCUAUCACUGAAUGCCUUGACUGGUUCAAUUCCGACGGGAAUUUUUCAGUUGAAGAAGCUUUCCAAGCUGUUGCUUCUCUCCAAUAAUCUCUCCGGCAGGAUCCCGCCGGCGAUUGGUAACUGCUCGUCUCUAUCUCGGUUCCGAGCGAAUAACAACAAGCUCGCGGGAGAAAUUCCGCCGGAGAUUGGGAAUUUGAAGAACUUGAUUUUCUUGGACCUCGGAAACAAUCGCCUCACUGGAGCGUUGCCUCCGGAGAUUUCUGGAUGCCGGAAUUUGACAUUCAUUGAUUUGCAUUCUAAUUCUUUAACGAAAUUUCUUCCAGAAGAACUCAACCAGCUUUCUUUGCUCCAGUUCGUUGAUCUUUCAAAUAACCUAAUCGAAGGGGCGCCGAUUCCGAGUUUUGGAUCUUUCAACUCGCUCACGAAACUCGUUCUCUCAAACAACCGCUUCUCGGGGCCUAUUCCUACGGAAAUCGGUUCCUGCUUGAAAUUACAGUUACUGGAUUUAAGUUGCAAUCAACUAUCCGGGAACAUUCCACCGAGCUUAGGCAAGAUUCCUUCACUCGAAAUCGGUCUCAAUCUGAGCUUAAACCAAUUAACCGGCAAGAUUCCGCCGGAGUUUGCAAAUCUAGACAUGCUCGGGUCAUUGGACCUCUCUUACAAUCAACUCUCAGGCGACCUCCACAUUCUCGCAGAACUGCAAAAUCUCGUGGUUCUCAAUGUAUCUCACAACAAUUUCUCAGGACGCGUACCUGAGACGCCAUUCUUCGCGCAGCUCCCUUUGAGCGUUCUCUCCGGAAACCCGGAGUUAUGCUUCGCCGGCGAGAAGUGCUACGCCGAUGGCCAUGGCAGCGGCGCUCCCCACACGCUAGCGGCUCGAGUGGCCAUGAUUGUAUUGCUGUGCACGGCAUGCGUACUGCUACUAGCGGCAGUUUAUAUCGUUCUCAAAGAUAGACAUUCAUGUCGGGGAUACUUCAAUGGGUCCCGCGGCGAAGAUUCAGACGACGCCUUUGACAGCGACUUGGAGCUUGGCUCUGGCUGGGAAGUGACACUAUACCAGAAGCUCGAUCUUCCGAUCUCUGAGGUAAUCAAAUGCUUAACGCCGGCUAAUGUCAUCGGCCGCGGCAAGACCGGCGUCGUGUACAGAGCCUGCAUCUCAUCAGGUCUAACAAUCGCUGUGAAGCGAUUCCGAUCAUCGGAAGUGUUCUCAGCGGCGGCGUUUUCAUCCGAAAUUGCAACAUUGGCGAGGAUUCGACAUCGGAACAUCGUCCGAUUGCUAGGGUGGGGGGCGAAUCGGAGGACGAAAUUGCUGUUCUACGACUACUUGCCAAAUGGGAAUUUGGGUGCGUUACUACACGAGGGGAAUGGGCGCGUGGGGCUGGACUGGGAGAGUAGAUUCAAGAUAGCGUUGGGUGUGGCGGAGGGAUUGGCUUAUUUGCACCACGACUGCGUGCCGGCAAUAUUGCACCGGGACGUGAAGGCUCACAAUAUUCUGUUGGGGGAUUGCUACGAAGCGUGUUUGGCGGACUUUGGGCUCGCUCGGUUGGUUGAAGAUGGUCCGAGCGGUUCGUCUUCAACGAACCCUCAGUUUGCUGGGUCUUACGGCUAUUUUGCACCUGAAUAUGGCUGCAUGUUAAGGAUCACAGACAAGAGUGACGUGUAUAGCUACGGUGUCGUUUUGCUGGAGUUAAUAACGGGCAAAAAACCUGUAGAUUCCUCAUUCGCAGAAGGCCAACACGUGAUUCAAUGGGUGAGAGACCAUCUGAAGAAGAAGAAGAAUCCAAUUUCAAUACUAGAUACGAAACUUCAAGGGCGACCCGACUCGAUAAUCCAAGAGAUUUUACAAGCAUUAGGAAUCUCUUUGCUUUGCACAAGUGACCGUGCUGAAGAUCGACCAACAAUGAAAGACGUGACGGCUCUUUUACGUGAGAUCCGACAAGACCAACUAUCAACAACAACAGAUGUCGUUGACAAGCCGCCACAAAAGAAGAGCAACACGACAAGCUUGGACACAACGACAUCGAUUUUAUCCUCAUCUUCUAUGGCGAAUCAUUUACCUUUUGCACUACCCGUUCAAGAGUCGUCACAUUGCUCUUAUGCUUCGUUGUCCUCGUUGGGUGCAUAUUUUUCACGCAACCAGUGAUUUAUAAUUAGGGUUAUUAUUUAUGCAUUUGGGAAGGAAGUUUAAGAUUAAGAUUAAUGUGUCAAAUGGGAUAAUUAGAAAGGGUAAUGUAAAGGAUUUAGA